AUUUUCAAGCCCAAAUCAUUUCAUUCGCUCACCACCGCGAACGAGCCAUUCGACAGCUAAAGAGUUGCAACCUCAGUAGCUAAACAGGACCCAAUACUCUCUUUACACGAUCCAAAAUUCCCAUCUCCUUGAUUUUCUGUUUCUCUUUUCUUUCAUGUCUUUCUUCAUAUAAUAUUCUUUUUUAAUUUAAAAGAAGAACUAUAAACAGCUGCUGAUUCCGCCUUUCGUUGAUCAGACAUAGCUUUAUCAUCUGUGAUCCUUUUCCUCCAAAGGUGAAAUCUUUAAAACGUUUUUGGAGGACUAAAAGAGAAAGCAGAUGAAGCAUAUUUAUUGAGCAGACAGUGGUUAUGCUUGAAUAUUAACACGGUUCUGGAAUUCUAUUUUUAAUUUGGUCGCUGAUGUGGCCACUGUAUUUUCUGUUAAGCAAGAUUUUUAAUGUGGAAGAAGCAGAAGCAAAACUAAAUGGUUCAGUUGCAGAUAAUGUGAAUGCUAGAGAAUGUCACCUUAUCGGGCCAUCAUCAAGUGGUAGAAAAUGCCAAGAUGAUGUCUUGUGUUGUUCGCUCUUUAUUGAAGUUCCACACAUAAGCCAGCUGCAUUCCUGGGACUGUGGCCUUGCUUGUGUUCUCAUGGCUUUGAAUACUAUUGGCAUCAACAAUUGUAGCAUCCAAGCCUUGGCAGAAUUGUGCUGCACGACUAGCAUUUGGACUGUUGAUCUGGCAUAUUUACUGCAGAAGUUUUCUGUUCAAUUUUCCUACUUCACAGUAACUAUUGGUGCAAAUCCAAAUUACUCUGCUGAGACAUUUUACAAGGAGCAACUGCCUACUGAUCUGGUGCGUGUGGACAUGCUCUUUCAAAAAGCACGGGAGGAAGGGAUUAAUAUACAGUGCAGGUCAAUCAAUGAAAAAGAAAUUUCUCUCUUGAUUUUGUCUGGGAAAUAUAUUGCAAUUGCUUUGGUUGACCAGUACAAAUUAAGCCGGUCUUGGAUGGAGGAUAUUAUCUUAUCAGGCUUGAAUGGGAGCAACUCAAACUAUACGGGUCACUAUGUUGUGAUAUGUGGUUAUGAUGCUGGAACAGAUGAGUUUGAGAUUCGAGAUCCUGCCAGUUCUAGGAAAAGUCAGAGGAUCUCAUCAAAAUGCUUAGAAGAAGCACGCAAAUCCUUUGGUACUGAUGAAGAUCUUCUCCUGAUAUCUCUGGAGAAGAGCGACAAGCAAAACAGUUCUUAACUGCAACUAUAUCCAGAUGUCAACGUUUUCUCCUUGACAUCCUUCUUCAAUCUAAGCACAGCUACUUGGUUGUCUGAUUCUUUUGCAUAUGUUACUAUAAUUGUGCAUAAUGUGUGUAAAGUUAUUAAAUCAUCAACUGUUGAACAUGCAUAUUUGUGCAUAAAAAAAAAGUUCAUCAAGCCAUGUUCUGAAGUGUACAAAUGUACAUUAUCAUGUAAUAUGUAAUAAUGCUAAAUUCUAAAAUUUUUUAUGUCAAUCAUAAAGAGUUUUCCAUGUGAAUGAA